AUGGCUGCAAAAGUUGAUGUUAUCCGUGAUUUGACCCCAUCGAAAGAGCAAUGGAGAAUCAAAGUCAGGGUUAUCAGAUUGUGGAGGCAACCGAACUUUCAUCGACCGGAGAUGGGCGAAAAUGUGGAGAUGGUUCUAAUUGAUGAUCAUGGUGGCAAGAUUCAGGCUACUGUCCGCGGGUCAUUGAGGAUAAGAGAUCAAUUAGCAGAAGGUGGAAUGUAUGUCAUACGUAAUUUUGGUGUUGGCCUUAAUAAUGACAAAUUUAAGCCAACACAACAUGAGUAUAGGCUUACUUUCAAUUUGAGAACUGUUGUGACACCGAUUGUUGAUGCCAUUCUUCCUAUUAACGGUUUUUCAUUCAUGGAAUUCGAGGAUAUUGAAAGCUAUCCUAAUGACACGGCAUGUUUAGUAGACGUUAUUGGAUUUCUCUGCGGAAUUGGUGACUCUAAGGAACACAUGGUAUCUGGAAAGAGGACAAAGAUGAUAGCUAUUGAGCUCGACAAUCUUAGGGGAGGGAGACUUAAUUGUUCUUUAUGGGAGAGCUAUGCAGAAGAGCUUAUUAAAUAUAAUAGUGAAAAUUCAAACAAGCAAACGAUCAUCAUCGUUCAGUUUGCUCGAAUGAAAAAGUUUAUGGGUAAAAUGGGAUUGUCUAAUACAAAAUUUGCUACAAGACUACUUUUCAAUGAGGAUUGUGCUGAGGUUGAAGCAUUCAGAUCUAGAUUUCCUGAUGCACAGUCAGACAGUGCACAGAAACUAAUGCAGCAUUCAACCCAAUCAAUUAAUUCACAAUCAGCUGGUUUUUGGAAAGAAUCAGCAGCAAAAUUUAUUUGUGACAUCAAGGAUUGUAAGGAGGCUAUGACAUGUGUUACGUAUGGCACAAUCAAGGGCAUUGAAUCUGCUUUUAAUUGGUGGUACAAAGGCUGUAAAAAAUGUACACAUUCAGUCUUUGAAGAUUUUGGAAAGUGGUAUUGCAGAAAUUGUGACAUUCAUCUGCCUACUUAUCAUCCAAAGUUCCGUUUGCAAGUAAGGGUUGUUGAUGGCACAGACUCUGCUUCGUUUGUUUUGUUUGACAAAGAUACAACAAAUUUAUUAUGCCUUUCAGCUGCUGAAUUGUGUGAACAACAUUUUCAGAGGGGUGGUGACUUGGACAAAUACCCUCAAGAGAUUGAUGCUCUGAUCGAAAACUCAUAUCUUUUUAAGAUUAAUGUCAAGAAAACUAAUAUUGAUUCUUAUGAGGAAAGUGCUUACCAAGUGAGCAGGGUUUGCUCCGAUGAGGACAUAAUUCAAUCAUUCCUCAACGGUCAAAUGGAUGGACAUGGAUCAGUGCAUGAUGAACAACUUGGUGUACUUGAAAACACUGUUAGCCAAGUAGGGGAGAAUUCAUCUACUGUUCAAAAGACUUUGCAAUUCAACGAAGAACAUGAAGACAAUGAUUAUUUGGAUGUAACUCCUACCAGCAAACUUUCUGAUACUUAUCAUACAAAAAAAGUUGAUGAUGCAAAUAUGGUUUUGGAUUUGGUGGCAGUAACUCCUCCUACCAAACAAUUAGACUUAAGGAAGACAAAAGCAGUUGAAGAUGCAAAUUUGGGUACUAAUUUGCUGCCAGAAAAUCCUGCCAACAUAUUUGCAGAUACAGAAAGCGAAAAACCAGUGGGGGUUGCGGAUUUGGUUCCAUGUUUGAGACCAACUAAGGCCAUAAAGAUUGAGAAGGAUUGA